CAGACGCUCCCUCAUUAUAACACGCUAACGGUGAGUUCGCGGACGCUCCCUGGCGGUGACAGGCUGUGUGUAGCAUUGACUUUGCAGACGUUCCCUGGCGGUGACAGGCUGUGUGUAGUGAGUUUGCAGACGCUCCCUGGCGGUGACAGGCUGGGCUGGUAGCCGGCAGUAGGAGUCACGCUUGGAUCCCGGGGAGGGAGCAUAGUCUCCGGCGCUGAUAGCUGGAAUCAGCCGGUGCAUCCUGCCGGUGCGUGUCCCGGGACACAGCCUCCCUGCCGUCUCCUGGAUUGAUUAUCUAUUGUGGGGAUCUGCCUCCUAUGCAGCGUCCCUGUGUGUCCUGAGCCCUCAGUGCAGCAGCAGCAUCCUCCUCCUCCUCCUCCUGUGCUCCCGUCUCCACAUCUCUGCCUGCAAUGCACUGAGGACGGGAGCCGCAAUCAUGACGGUGGAUUUCGAAGAAUGUAUCAAAGAUUCUCCCCGAUUUCGGGCAGCGAUAGAUGAGGUGGAAACAGAUGUGGUAGAAAUUGAAGCCAAACUUGACAAGUUGGUGAAACUAUGCAGCGGGAUGUUAGAGGCCGGCAAGACCUACCUUACAACCAAUAAGCACUUUGUUAGCGGCAUCCGAGAUCUGUCCCAGCAGUGUAAGAAGGAUGAGAUGAUUUCAGAGUGUCUGGACAAAUUUGGGGAUAGCCUGCAGGAAAUGGUUAACUACCACAUGAUCUUGUUUGAUCAGGCGCAGCGGUCUGUACGACAGCAGCUCCACAUCUUUGUGAAAGAGGAUGUCAGGAAGUUCAAGGAGUCGAAGAAGCAGUUUGACAAAGUGAGAGAAGAUUUGGACAUUGCACUAGUAAAAAACGCUCAGGCCCCCCGCCAUAAGCCACACGAGGUGGAGGAAGCUACGGGUACCCUGACAAUUACAAGGAAGUGCUUCCGGCACCUGGCCCUGGACUACGUACUACAAAUCAAUGUCUUACAAGCCAAAAAGAAGUUUGAAAUUCUAGAUGCUAUGUUGUCCUUCAUGCAUGCCCAGUACACCUUCUUCCAGCAAGGGUACAGUUUACUAAAUGAGCUGAAUCCAUACAUGAAACAACUGGCCUCGGAGUUGGACCAAUUAGUCAUUGACUCAGCUGUAGAAAAGAGAGAGAUGGAACACAAGCAUGCCACUAUACAGCAAAGAACCCUCUUACAGGAUUUCUCCUAUGAUGACUCCAAAGCAGAAUUUAAUGUGGAUGCCCCUAAUGGGGUUGUUAUGGAGGGUUACCUCUUCAAAAGGGCAAGCAAUGCAUUCAAAACGUGGAAUAGGAGGUGGUUUUCCAUACAAAACAGCCAGCUUGUUUAUCAGAAGAAAUUGAAGGAUGUCCUGACUGUGGUGGUGGAGGAUCUUAGGCUGUGCAUGGUAAAACCCUGUGAGGAUAUAGAACGGAGGUUUUGCUUUGAAGUUGUCUCACCCUCCAAGAGCUGCAUACUACAAGCAGAUUCUGAGAAGCUCCGGCAAGCCUGGAUCCAAGCUGUGCAAGCCAGUAUCGCGUCAGCCUAUCGGGAAACGCCAGAUAACUACUACAUAGAGAGGCUCGACAGGACAGCAUCUCCGUCAACGAGUAGCAUUGACUCCGCCAGCGACUCACGGGAACGGAACGUGAAGGGAGAAAGCAUUUUACAGCGGGUGCAGAGCAUUGCUGGGAAUGACCAGUGUUGCGAUUGUGGGCAGACAGACCCCCGAUGGGCCAGUAUCAACUUAGGCAUCACACUUUGCAUUGAGUGCUCAGGAAUACACAGGAGUCUUGGUGUUCACUGUUCUAAAGUGCGUUCCCUCACACUAGAUUCCUGGGAACCAGAGUUGCUUAAGUUGAUGUGUGAAUUGGGAAACAGUACAAUAAACCAGAUUUACGAGGCAAGGUGUGAGCAGCUACGCCUGAAGAAACCAACAGCAGGAUGUCCUCGACAGAACAAGGAGAUCUGGAUAAAAGCAAAGUAUGUGGAGAAGAAGUUCUUGAAGAGGUUGGGCAGUGUAGAGGUAGAAAAUGAUAGGAAAUCUCAGAGAUGGAGCGUGAAGAAGUGUCAGCGAAACAAUAGUUCUGUCAGAGCACCGUCUGCGCGGAGGAAGUACAGACACGAUGGAGGAAACACGUCUCCAGCCAUGCUCUCCUCAGCUGCCAAAUUUGAGCGCAAGUUUCGCCGAGAUUCCCUGUUCUGCCCAGACGAGUUGGACUCCCUCUUUUCUUACUUUGACACAGGCUCCGGGCCACGCAGUCUGAGCAGUGACAGUGGCCUGGGAGGCAGCACUGAUGGCAGUAAUGAUGUCUUAGUAUUUGGCUCUGUUGUGGACAGUGUUACAGAGGAAGAGUGCGAGGUUUCAGAAGAAUCUAGUGGUGAAGUGGAGACUGAGCAGGAGCCUUCAGACCCGGAGGACCUGCGGGAACUUCACCCUGGAUUGUUGAUGUACAAGGCAUCUUGUGCCAGGAACCUGCCUAUUAUGGCUGAAGCACUUGCCAAUGGGGCCAAUGUCAAUUGGGUGAAUGAUGAGGAUGAGAGCAAGACCCCACUGAUCCAGGCUGUAAUAGGGGGCUCAUUGAUAGCCUGCGAGUUCCUGCUGCAGAAUGGGGCAGAUGUGAACCAGACUGACAUGAGAGGACGGGCGCCUAUACAUCAUGCAACAUAUCUGGGUCACACUGGCCAGGUCUGUCUAUUCCUAAAGCGAGGAGCAAAUCAACAUGCAGUGGAUGAAGAUGGACAAGAUCCCCUCAGUAUUUCCGUCCAGGCAGCUAAUGCAGACAUUGUCACUUUGUUACGACUUGCUCGGAUGAACGAAGAGAUGAGAGAAGCAGAAGGGCCAUUCGGACAACCAGGUCAAUAUCCCAGCAACAGUCCAACAGAGCAGCAGUACAGGAAAUGCAUCCAGGAAUUCAUCUGCCUUAAUAUAGAUGAGUGUUAGUCAGACUAAGGCCCUCAAGGAGGCGCAGCUGAUCCCUACUUUUUUGAACUUUUUCCACUAGCUGCUCUUGGCAUCCUUUUUUUUUUUUUUUUUUUUUUUUUUUUGAAACCUGCAUGGGGUUUAUCUUCUGGCACCAGGGGAGGGAAGAAUGACCAGGGGCACAACUAAACCAAAAGUUUUUGGAAGGGUCUGGACCAAUAUUACAAUUUUUUUCUUCCUCAUCACUGCCAAGAGCAAAAGGAAAGAUGUUUUAAUAUUUUAUGUACUGUUUAGCACUUUUACAAACUGUGAUUCUUUUAGGCUUUUACUUUAUCAAUAUCAGAGCAGACACUGGGAAGACGGAGUCAGCGGGAGACUUGUGGUUCUUCUGCCUCUUUAGUGCCUGACUAUAUAUUUAUUUAGGGUGAAGUUGAAGUGACCCAGAUGAGCCAGUGAAAGGUACUUAUACAUUCAGGGACCUUGUUUGUGUCAGCUGCCUAUCUUAUUUUAGGUUUCUUCUCUCGAUGCAUUAGGGUGGUUGGCUUUGUUGUAGCUACAUGCAUUUCAGUGACUGAGGGGUGGGGUUUGGAAGUCAGACUUAGAUAGUGGAGGGUUCCUGGGCUAUUGCUGUAAUGCUGCAUGGGAUAUCCGUAGAUGCCCACAUUUGAAGCACUUUUCCUAUUUUGUCUGUUUCCUGGUGCUUAUUGUUAGUGUGAAAAAUACACGUCCCUUCAUCUGCCCCCUACCCUUGCUCGGGUGUGCUUUUGCUUUAACCUCUUCACUGCCUGAGAACAGAGGAUACUCGGCGAGACAUACAUGAAAAUGUGAUGUCCGUUAUCAGCAACAAGUCUAUUUCUUUAAAGAUCAGUGUCCGUUAUUGGGCAUAGCUCUUCCUGUUCUGGAUAAACAGCUUUGAUAAAUGUCCUACAAAUUCCAUCGUAUAAUUUAGAGCACAUGUAAUUACUGUUUUUUUUUUUUUUGUCUCUCGCUGGCAUCUUAUCAAAUUCCAUGUCUGAGUCUUUCAGUUUCUUUUUGUACGUCUAUCUCCCACCAGCUAUGUGCCCUCUAUAUGUAAUAGUUUGGGUGUGUCUCUCCCUAUCUUUCUCCUUCUAGGGGGAAUUCAGUUAAAUGCGAUAUUGAAUAGCUCGGAAGGGUACUGCGCCUAAAGAAUGCAGUUUAGCCGUGGUAAACAGCAUUCUCUGCCUUAAGUGUCGGAGCCAUGCUGUUAGCGCGUUCAGUAAGUGGCAUUCUCUGCCUUGAGUGCUGAAGACAUGGUGUUAGCGCGGUCGGUGAGCCUGAAACUCCCAUCAAUGCACUAGUUUUGUCAGAUUUCUACUCGCACCUCAGCAGAGUGCGUGCGGAAAUCUUGAAGUCGCCAGUUUACAGCGCUGCUACUUGAAGCUCCAGACACUCAUUCCCGCAGCUAUUCAAUAGUGUGUUAUAAUUGAAUUCCACCCUCUGUUUGGCUGCAUGUCUACUUCUCUUUCCUGUGCAUUCAGUCUCUGUCUUUCCUAUUAUUUUUUUUUCUCAUGUAAAAGCAAAGCAUACAUUAUUCCGCACCAGCAAUGAAGAGGUUAAAUGUCCAUUGUCCUUUAUGUCUGCCCUCCAUAUGGGAUUAAGUGCACUAACUGAAUUUACAAAGGCUUAUUUUGUCUUCUGUAUCUGUGCCCUAACAUACAGUCUGUCGGGGCCUCUGCCCUCACGCAGGAUUAUCUCAGUCCUUCAGUAGUAGAAAGGGGGAGGUUGCUGAGGAUACUCUUUGGGUACAGUUGAGGAUUAAUUUCUGCAGGCUUCCCAAGUGCAUCCCUAUGUCAUCUCUAGUGCUAUGCAAUUCCAUUGUAUGAAGAGAUCAGGACAUCAGGGAUAUAGAGAGGACUGUUAAAUAUAUGGGUAUUAAUCUUCACCAAGACCUGAUCUUGUCUUUUAAUGAACUCAUUUGCACCUGCUGACAUUGCCGGCAGAAUCUUUUAUUCAUCCGUUCCAUGGCAUGUUAAUUCAUCACUCUUGUCUGAGUUUGGAAAGGUCCGCUUACAAACUGCCAUUAAGCUGUACCAUUAUAUUAGCCACAUGACCUCUCAAGGUUUUUUUUUAAUCCCUGGAUAAAUAAUAUGCACCUUAGGUCCACAUUACUUGUAUACUGUCUUUUUGGGUGACGGACGUUUAGUAACACCCUCUCAGAGAAGCACAGAAAAAAAUCCAUCCUGAAUUAUUGCUAAUCUAAUUGUAUUGCUCACUAGAGAACAUGCAAUAAAUUUCUAAUCAUACAAUCACCAAAUAAAUAAGUGGGAACGGCAGCCAUAUUUAUAUUAGUCUCCAAAGGCCUAUAACAUGGUUAAUGAGUUCCAGAUUAUAAUGACCAUUGUAAAAUGCUUUGAGAAAGUUAAUAAUGGUUUAUGUCAGAAAGGGGGUGGUUUAUUAUAGCCAGAAUAAAUGAAUUUAGAGAUUUUGACGUUCCUCGGCCUGUAUGGCAUCAACAGAAUGCACUGCCAGACAGAAGCCAGUGGCUUCUUAUACUAACUACCAACCAGCAGGACUCACUUUGUAUGGACAAAAAGGUGCUAUCUAUAUUGGAGGUCCAAUCUUAUGACCAUCUUACUACUUUCAGUCCUCCUCAGGAUUUCGUACUAGGCGUUUAUAGUCUACCCUUUAUCAGACAACCUUGCGGUAGGUCAGAAAUAGUGACUUAUGACGUAUAUACUACGGUUUCAAACUAGCUUCAGCCUUCAGUGUACCCUGCCAUGACACAAGUCGCCCCGUUUCACUACCGUAGUGGAAGGGUUAAUAUUUUCUCGAUAAAAACUGUACAUUUUAUGUAAAGAACAAAAAAAAACUAUAUACUUGUGCACUUUUCCUCCUUCCAGUAUUGGAAAUUACAUAUAUAUGUAUAUGUUUUGCUUUGUGUAAAUGUAAUUUUGUAAGUGAAUUUGUUUUGGACUGAUUUUAUUUUUUACCCCCCAAACAGUGAAGGUGUUAUGUUUUUUUCUUUUGAUAAUUUAUUAUGGUAUAGGCCACACAGAGCAGUGUAAUGCCCUCUGGUUAUAUAGAUAGGAGACGUGGUUUAAAUCAAGUCACAUACGGUUGACCUGAGGUCUGAGCUGCUUAUUUUUGUUUGCAGUGUGUGUGUGUAUAUAUAUAUAUAUAUAUAUAUAUAUUUUAUGAAAAUACUAUUUAGUUGCAGCUGGAUGUUGUGAAUCUUCUGAAAACUUUUUAAAUCUUUUUGUAUCAGACUCUGAGUCCACAAUCAGUUGGAACGCAUGGGAAUCCUGUACUGGUUUCCUGACAUACUUACUCUAUAUCACAUCUACAUGUUUAUACUACUUACUGUGUCUUUCUGUUAUAUGAAUUGAUGUUACAUUUGGAAGAAAUGUUUUGGGGGUUUAUGGUGAUGUUUUUAGGGCCAUCGUUAGCAAUUUGUAAUUCCUAUAAGCAAUGUAAUCUCCUUUGGAAAAUUUCCUUUUUGAAAUAGAUUUUUUUUUUUAA